GAGGGGGAGACGCAAGAUGGCGGCAGCCGCGAACUCAGGCUCUAGUCUCCCGCUGUUCGACUGCCCGACUUGGGCAGGUAAACCCCCACCUGGUUUACAUCUGGAUGUAGUCAAAGGAGACAAGUUAAUUGAGAAACUGAUCAUUGAUGAAAAGAAGUAUUACCUGUUUGGGAGAAACCCUGACCUAUGUGAUUUUACCAUUGAUCACCAGUCUUGCUCUCGAGUCCAUGCUGCCUUGGUCUACCACAAGCACCUGAAGAGAGUUUUCCUAAUAGAUCUCAACAGUACACACGGCACGUUCUUGGGUCACAUUCGACUGGAACCUCACAAGCCACAGCAGAUCCCCAUUGACUCCACAGUCUCAUUUGGUGCAUCUACCCGGGCAUACACUCUUCGUGAGAAGCCUCAGACAUUGCCAUCAGCGGUGAAAGGAGAUGAGAAAAUGGGCGGAGAGGAUGAUGAACUCAAGGGCCUACUGGGCCUCCCUGAAGAGGAGACUGAGCUUGAUAACUUGACAGAGUUCAACACAGCCCAUAACAAACGGAUUUCCACUCUCACCAUUGAGGAAGGGAAUUUGGACAUCCAGAGACCAAAGCGGAAACGGAAGAACUCUAGGGUAACGUUCAGUGAAGAUGAUGAGAUCAUCAAUCCAGAGGACGUGGAUCCUUCUGUUGGCAGAUUCAGAAACAUGGUACAGACUGCAGUGGUCCCAGUUAAGAAGAAACGUGUCGAGGGCCCUGGCUCACUCAGUUUGGAGGAGUCAGUGAGCAGGCGCAUGCAGAACUUUCCAUUCAGCGGAGGAUUGUAUGGGGGUCUGCCCCCUACCCACAGUGAGGCGGGCUCUCAGUCACAUGGCAUCCAUGGGACUGCGCUUAUUGGUGGCCUGCCCAUGCCCUACCCAAACCUCGCUCCUGAGGUAGACUUGACCCCUGUUGUGCCAUCAGCAGUGAAUAUGAACCCUGCACCAAACCCUGCGGUCUACAAUCCUGAAGCUGUAAACGAGCCGAAGAAGAAGAAAUAUGCAAAGGAGGCUUGGCCUGGCAAGAAGCCCACACCCUCCUUAUUGAUUUGAUAUUUUUGGUCCUGGGGUGGGGUGGGAAUUGGGUGGAAGGGAGGUUUGGGGAGCUAAUGAACUGAGGAAAAAAAAACUUUCCAUGUGUGCAGUAUCGUCUUUCAGAAUGUCUCUUGGUGUCCUAACCAUGUAAUUUUAAGACUGGGGUUGGGGCUGGGGUUGAAAUAUCCCGUUAAAGAUCCGUUUUCAGAAUGCUUUCUAUGUAUAGAAAUUUAUUUCAUGCAUCCUUUGAGCUAAACUGCCCAGCCACCUUUUCUCCAGGCCCUUCGACCUCCCUUUUAGGAUCAUUUUUUAAUUUGAAGUUAUAUACGUGUGUGUGUGUAUAUAUAUAUAUGAAGUUAUAUACAUAUAUAUAUAUAUAUAUCAUUUGUAAUGAACACCUGGCCCUUGUCUCCAAAAAUUCAAGAUGAGUUGGAUGGCCAUACAGCGGAAAAGCUGCUAGUGUUACUGAUGAUGUAGGUCAUGUGACCUGAUUUGUAUUUGCUGUACUUGAAAUUCCCAGAUAGUUUUGAUUUUAAUGAAUUUUCCCUGUGACAGUAGGGGUCUCAUGGAUUAUAGACUGGUGAGAAGAGGGUUCUAGAGUUCUUUAUGGGAACCUUAUCUAGGCUUAAACUUAAAGCUUUUCCCCAAGUCAAUGAGUUGAGGUCCUAUAGUUAGGGCUUUUCCCUUCUGUCCUUGCCGUUGGGAUGAGAAUGGUUAGAUACAGGUCUGUAGUUUGGGGUUACAGCGUGGUUUUAACUUUACCUGUGUUUUCUUAUAAAACAUCAGCACUCCAUUUGCAAAUGUUUCUCAUUUGAUUCUAUGGUACUAUUUUCUGAAGGCUUUAUUUCUCCUCUCAAAAUGUGUUAUGACCAUAAUUUUUUUAAAAAGGCUCCAGCCAUUUGAGGGUAGUUUAAAUUGAACAUUAAAUGAUUUUAUUUGGCAAGUGACUGACCAUCUCGAGGAGGAUGACUUUGUGGCUAGAUUCAGUAGCUUUUCUCCUUCCAGUGAAUGUGAGUCCUUGGUAGCUCAGCGCUCUAAGGCUGGUCUUGACCUACACACACAGGAGGCAAAGGUAGGAACAUUGAUGUGAGCUUUGGACAGAGGUUUGUACAUUUGUGAAAUAGACUUUUUUCCCACACUUUCUGUGUAGCUUUUUACCUGUAACCUCGAGUACAUUGUAAAUUAAAUGCGACUUUUUGCCAUU